AUGUUGGCCUCAUGGCGAGACCAAUUCACCCACGCAGUCGGGAGCGUAGAGGCUGCUCUCUGUGUGGCCCUGACGGCGGACGUCGCCACGACGUGCCCUGAGGCGAGUCGUGGUUCCAGCUGCCCGCCGCUCAGACCGCGAUGGAGUCGCGAGCGCAAGCUUGAUGGGCCUGUUGUCCACCACCAGGGGGAGGGGGUCCUCCUCCUCCUCCUCCUCCUCCUCCUCCUCCUCCUCCUCCUCCUCCUCCUCCUGCUCGUUCUCCUCCUCGUCCUCCACCUCCCCCUCGUCCUCCAACUUCUGGUGGUGGUGGACAACAAGCCCAUCGAAGCUCCCGGUGUCCGCGGAGCCUCGGAGCGGGGGCUCCGUGGCCCAAGCGCGGGCGGGGCCUCCGUGCCCCCGCAGCUCCGCAGGACCAAGAGGCCCAGCGCGCGGACGCCACGGCAGGGCCACGCAGAGCGCAG